GAAUAAAAAUCUGUGUUGUCUGCCUUUUGCUGUAGUUGAAAGCUUUUCUUUUUAAUCAGAAACUUGUUUGAGAGGCGAAUUGGGUUUUGGUGGGCAGUGAACAAGUGUGAAUUUUCGCUUGUUUUUGUUGGGUUUUUGGGGUGGGACUUUGCUCAUCUUUUUUUGUUUUGUUUUGUGAGUGACUUUGAGGGUUGAGAUGGAGAGAGAUUUCAUGGGGUUGAGCUCAAAAGAGCCUUUGGCUGUGGUGAAGGAGGAAAUUAAUAAUGAUGGCUUCAAAGACUCAGGUUAUACCAAGGGGUCUGUUGUGCAAUGGCCUUUCUCAAACAAGGUCUCGGCUUUACCCCAUUUCAUGUCUUUCAAGGUUGGUCAAGAAGAUAAGAUUAGGAAGACUACCUCAGAGACACACAUAUCUUCCGGAUUCGGGCCUGUCUCGACUGCAGAUGCAUUCGACCAAAGCCAAAAACGCGCUAUGUUUGAAUUCCAGAAAUCCUUCAAUCACGAUAGGCAAGGUGGUCCUCAUUUUUCCCUGACAGCUUAUCCUGUGCAACAUGAUAUGUAUUCUGUGCACCGUCCUCAUGAUGUGAAGAUGUUUUCAGUUCCCAAUCAAGCAAUUUCUGUUUCUAUGGGCAACCCUUUCUUGAAGGAUCAGUUUCCCUCUGCUGGACAGAAUUUGGCUGCUGCCACUACCAUGAAGCAACAAUUGCUCGGAGGAAUUCCCGUGACAUCCCCGCACAUGGUUCUUCCAAGCGCUUGUUCGAUUGCUGGUAUCACUGAACCAUGGAAUAGUUCCAAGGCAUCUGGAUCUCCUGCUCAGUUAACGAUCUUUUAUGCGGGCACCGUCAAUGUCUAUGAUUGUAUCUCCCCUGAGAAGGCACAGGCUAUUAUGUUCUUGGCUGGGAGUGCGUCAUCCAUGCCCUCUAAUGCAGCAAACCUGAAAGCUCAAGUCCUGGCACCAAGCUCAAAGUUGGGAGCUGCCGACGGUGUUCCCGUGAAUCAGCCAAUGAAUACAUCCAAUUCUCCUCUUUCAAGCCCUUUGUCCGUGUCUUCACAUACCAGUCCCCAGUCAGGGAGUGGAUCCACUUGCACUGAUGAGCUGAUGGCAGCUAAAACCACAGGAAUUCCUACUACUGUUAGCAAAAUGGAGCCUCCCAAGAUAAUGAAUGCAGUUGGAUCUGUUCCCGCAACUGCUAUGAUGCCUUCAGCCGUUCCACAAGCUCGCAAAGCAUCCUUGGCUCGGUUUUUAGAGAAGCGCAAGGAAAGGAUGAUGAAUGCAGCUCCUUACAACCUCUGCAACAGCUCUUCGGAAUGCACCGCCGCUGAAUCCAAUGGUGCAAAUUUCGCUGCAAGUCCGGCUGCAGACUCUUUUCGUUAGCAAGGAAAGUAGCUGAGAUCUGUGAUUCAAAUUAUUGGAAAACGAUUAUUGCAAAAUUUUAUGUAGCAAGUGAAAUAUGUAACAAAUGGUUCUUGUUACUAUUCUUCAAAAGUGAACUGUUUUUAUCGUUCGACUGUUUUUAGAUUUUUAAGUCUUGACAGUCAUUAUAAUAUGUAGAUGAUGGGGUUGGAGUCUUUCCAACACUAUUUUUAAUUUUGGAAAUUUUAGUCAGGAUUUUUGCCUCCCGGCUGUAGAACAUUGGGCACCAUUUUGUGUAACUAAAUAUAAUUUCUUUUUUGUAUUGUGGAAAUAAAUACCAACUUUAAGUUAUUA